AUGGGUGCGAGUAAUAAGAAAGCCGAUUUGAACGUUUUGCAGAAGAUCUCCAGCAGCGUCUCUGUAUUAGCACUAGAAGAGCUUUGGAGUUUAAUAUUCACCCAAAUGGUACAAGAGAAGGCAUCAGUAGGGGAUGUACAACUCAUCAACAAAGCUGUUGGACAGUUGGUGAGCUCUACAAGAAAUCUACCAACGGUUGACACUAUGUCUAUGUUAUCUGCUGCCAUGUGGGCUUUAUUACAGGGCAAGAAGGAGAGUGCGUUGCGUUUGGCAGCGCAAUUAAGUGGUAGAACGGCGUCUUUGUAG